AUGGCUACAUCUCGGGGACUUAACCCCGGCUCCCUUCGGUGCACUCGAAACAUCCUUGCAUCCCCUCGUCUUGUUCCCGCCGCAGCUCGCUCAUUGUCCAUAAAUUGUCGCCAAAUCUCUCCCUAUAAUGGCCGAUCUUCGGCAAUCCAGCGCGGUUCGACAGAGCAAUUGCUGCGCAAAGUUUAUAGCAACCGGUCGUCCUUCUCCACAUCAUCGUCUUCCUCAUUACCGGAAUCAGACUGGGAUCAUAACCCGAAUCUGUCUAUCUCAAAUUUCUCCGAACUACCGUCCAAGGACUUCGGAGUCAACCAGCACAUGAUCAUAAACCAAGAGUUCAAGGAGGCAUUGCGUAUGAUUCUUUGGCAGUUUAAAGCGCCAAUUCGAUAUGCAUUUGCCUAUGGCUCGGGUGUUUUCUCACAGAAUGGCAGUACCGCUCCAUCCAGCUCGUUGCACCCCUCGGCCCCAACGGCUAUCAACAAUAUGCAACAGGGAUCUGGUAAAAUGAUCGACUUUAUUUUUGGAGUCUCAUACUCUCAACAUUGGCAUGACCUCAACCUGACCCAACAUCGUGAUCAUUAUUCGGGCAUGGGCUCGCUUGGGUCAUACAUGGUUUCUCAGGUGCAAGACCGCUUUGGUGCUGGUGUUUACUUCCACCCUUAUAUCACUGUCAACGGAACUAUGAUCAAGUACGGUGUGGUCAACCUUGACACACUGUGCCGGGAUCUCACCCAAUGGGACACCAUGUAUCUUGCUGGUCGUCUGCACAAGCCUGUGAAGAUCCUGCGGGAUCACCCGAAGGUGCGGUUAGCAAACCAGGUGAAUUUGCUGUCUGCCUUGAGGGUUGCGCUGCUUUUGCUUCCCGAAAGGUUUAGCGAGUUUGAGUUAUACUCCACAAUUGCUGGAAUGAGCUACAUGGGCGACCUCCGCAUGGCCCUCCCCGCCGAGGACCCCGGAAAGGUGCGAAACAUUGUUUCCGGACAAAUGGCACACUUCCGUCGCUUGUAUGCACCACUCAUUGAGAACCUUCCCAAUGUCGAUUUCCAGGAUCCCCGGUGCAGCCAACAAGAUUGGAUCGAUGAUCCAAACGCUAUCUUGGCCAUGGCACAAGAUAUGGACCCGGUAAAGCGUGGCAACAUGGUUCGUCGCCUGCCCGACUCUUUCCGACAAAAGCUUUACUUCCAAUACCAGUCUCGCUAUCAAAUUCCACGGGUUGACUUUGAUAAGAUGAUCCAGGAGAGCAAGGACUCCGAGGACGUCCUUCGUCGUCCCCAGGGUGGUCCCUUCGAGAGACGCAUUGCCGGUGAUGACUCUCUCCAGGAACAGGUCGCCAUGUCUAUCGAAAAAACGAUCCGCUGGCCUAGUACUGUCCAGACCUUGAAGGCACCUUUGACGGCCGGUCUUAGCAAGAGCUGGACCUAUAUGAAGGAAAAGCGUGACAAGCACAAGAAAGCACAGCAGACAAAGGCUGCGGCAUCAAAGGAAACUUCUUCUGAUCCCAAAAAGCCGGCCGAGGAUUCCAAGCCCUCGGAGACAAAGGAAAACAAACAAGAGUAG